ACAGCUCUGGCAUGAAAGUGUAUUUUUGCGCCAGUCCAGCGCUGUCUGCCAGCGUUGCCUCGAAUAGAAGAUUAACUUAUUAUGAGUUUUUGAGGGGUGAAAUUUUGGCAAUCUCAUUUUUAAAUAACACUUGAACAUUGUCCAUUGAACAUUUCAUGCCAUUCCCAUGCCAGUGAGAAUGGCGCCAGUUAGUGGAUACGUGUAAACGUCCUAUUUCUGUAGUAUCGAAUGAUUCCAGCCAAUACAAUCGAUUUUUGUUUUCGAUUUGUGCUAAUCGUACUCGUCGCUCCAUGUCAAUGUCAAUAUGUCAAAUGUUUUUUAGGUUAACGGAUGUUUUGAUGUUUGUUUAUACUUUUAUCAUUUUAUAAAUAAAAUUAUCUUUUCUUGAAAAGAAAUCUAAAUGGAAGUGAAACAAGAACCAAUUAAUUUUCCAGAAGAAGAGUGUGAAGUCAAAAUUGAAAAUCUUGACGUCUGUGAUGUUGAACCUUCUUAUUCUGUUAAAACUGAAAUAAAGGAUGAAUUAGAGCCAUGUUCUCUGAAUACUGAUACAGAGAGUUAUUUUGUUGAGGGCAAUUCUGUAGACUCAAAGACUAACGAAUUUUAUAUUGAAGACGUUAAAUUAGAAGAGGAGGAUAAGCCGGAUAUAAUUCCUAUUGAAAAUGGUAGAGACGAAGCAUAUGAAAGUAAAUGGUUUGCUUAUGCUGCCAUGCAAUCGCUUGAAGAUCAGGAUACUCCGCGACAAACAAUGGUGACAGAAAAUGAGAAUCUACACACAGAAGAACUGAGAAAUGGAUUGGCAGAGGAAUUGCAUUCAAAAAAAGCAGCGCACCGAAAAAAAGAAACAUCAGCAUCCAGUUCAUCUUUAAGACUCCGCUCUGAUCCAUCAAGAUCUCGUGCAACUAAUAACGGAGGUACUUCAGCUGCUAAAAAGCGUCUUCAUAAGAAGAAUACUUCACCUGCAGAAACGAUGAGCAGUGCCUCUUCAAUUUUAAAAAAUGCUGCGGAAAACCUCAACAAAGGCCCAUCUGAACAAGAUGAAAUAGGUGCAUUUGUCAAGUUUCUUUCUGCUAAAGUACGGAAGUACUCUCCUGCAGUGCGGAAGGGCGUGCAACAUGCUAUUAUGGAUGUCAUCAUGAAAGCAGAUAAAGGGUUAUUAAAUUGCCAGCCAACACUCUACCCCCAUCACACUUCAUCCACACAGUCGUCAAUAAUAAACUCCCCAAAUUCUGAAAAUUUUGUAGAUUAUGUUUAGAGUCAUAGGCGCCCAUACACACGGGCAGGGGGGGCCGUGGCCCCCUAGCUUUUCGGGAAAGAACAAAAAUUAAAUUUAUAUUACAUAAACGUAUUUUUGUCAAAAAAUUAUUGGAUCAUUUUGAGAGAUAAAUUGGAAACAACAUAUUUAUUAAUAACAAAUUCACAUAUUGGGUAAUUAAUAGUUUAACAGAAAAUCUGUGUGUUUGUGUGUCUGCGACAGCGGUCUAUAUGGAAUGUGCAUAAUACACAUUUCGCACAGUCACGGUGUGCUAUUAACAAAAGCAUUAAAAGAUAUUAGAAACGUAGGAACAUAAUAUAUACUGUAAUCGACACCCAAAAUUACAAAUUAAAUGAAUCGUUUUAUCAUUUAUAAUACUGCAAAGAAACUCAUAUCAGCAAGAAAUCCGAUCUCUGACCGAUAAUCACUAAUGAGCCAUUUGUAUUUAAGAACUGGCACUAUAAAGAUAAAGUGUAAAAUCUGUGAAAUUAUUAUUAUUUGUUUUCUAUUAAGUUUUGUGUACACCGAACAGAACCAUCUAAUCUUCAUAAACAGAAAUAAAUUCAUACUGAAAAAUAAUUUUUAAAAUUUAUUGAACAUAGUCAAAUUUUAGUUUGCAAAAGUAUUUUUUUAGUAAGUAGAUUAUUUUUAAAGUGUACCUUAUGAUGAACAGAACAAUUUUAUUUAAAUGAAAAACAGGUGAUCUUUCAUGACGAAUGAGUGUUAUAUACAGGGUGUCCCAAAAGUAGCGGAAAGGUCGAAUAAUUCGCGAAAUGAACAUCGGAUCGAAAAACUGAAAAAUAUGUGUUAAAUAUUUCUCAAAAAUCUAUGCGAUGACACUAAACAAGUUCAUAAGCGAAUUGUGGAUAGAUAGCGCUAUAAUCGAAAAAAACGAUAUAUCGUGAUACCAUAGCAAAAUUAUAGAAACGGUCUAAUAUCUCGAGAAAUAUACUUCCAAAUGAAAAACUAAAAAACACGUGUUUAAUAUUUUUCAAAAAUCUAUAGAAUGACACCAAACAGGAUUUUUCAUUCCACACUCUGAAGGUGGGGUGAGAGUUAACUUUAAAAUCUUAAAUAGGAACCCCCGUUUUUUAUUGCAGAUUGAGUUUCCUCCUCAAAAAAUAAGUAACAUUUACUCGAAACUUUUUUUUAGAAUUGUUGAAGGAUGGCGCUAUAGUCGGAAAAUGCGAUUUAUUUGAGCCAUCUAUCAACGAUUCUAAAAAUUAAAAAAAAAAU